UUAGUUUUGUACAUGAUACAUGCGUAGCGUCUCAAUCGCCUGGCGUCUUGUUUUGAAACGUUUACCUCGCGAAAACCGUACCGAAAAUCUUCUGACCUUCUGCUUAUAUAAGGCCUAUAUUUGAACAGAUUUAAAAUGAGUCUGGAUUCCCUUUUUGAGCAAAUUUUAUUGACAGAGCAGCAGGUGUCUGAAAACACCAAGCAGCUUCACGAAGUUAAAGCUGCCAUUAAGAGCGCACAGGACAAAAUAAGCUCCUCAAGCGAACAACUGGAGAAAGCUCGUCUUGAACUGGAUGAAAAGGCUCAGCUGCUUUCUGAAGCCAGUCUGCAAGUUGAUUUGAUGACAAAACAACGAGAUCAACUGGAAAAACAGAAAGAGGAGCUCUUGGGCUUGCAGACGGAACUCAAAGACAAUCUGGACAAACUGAAAAGAGAAACCUGUGAUGAAAGGGAGAAAUUCUUGAAGGAGAUGAUAACUUUCAACAGCGAAUUCAACCUUGUCAGCAACAGAAAUGCUGUGCUUCACUCUCAAACACGGUCUAAGAUUCAGAGUUUGGAGCUGGAAGCUGAAGCUCUACACAAAGAGUUAAACUUAAUGAAGGAAAAGCACACUUUGUGGAGCUCCAUGGAGGCAGAGAAGAGAUCACUAGAAGCUGAGCUUGAGGAUAUAAAAUCACAGCUUACCGAUACAGAGCGAGAUCUGAGGGAAGCAGUGGUUUUGACAGAGAAUUUGAAAGCAGAGAGGCACCUGGUCCGUCAGAAACCCUUGACAGAUAGCACCUGUAUAAGGCAAGAAAUUAAUAACAUACUCAAUAAAUAUUUGCUGUCUGUUUAA